CCCAUGGAGACCUGGCGGAAAGGCUCCUUCCGCAACGCCUCCUUCUUCAAGCGGCUGAGCCUGGGGCGGCCACGGCGACUCCAGCGACAGGGCAGCAUGCUGAGCCAGGCCAGCACGGCCGGUGGUGACCAUGAGGAGUACAGCAACCGAGAGGUCAUUCGGGAGCUGCAAGGGAGGCCAGACGGCCGGCGCCUGCCACUGUGGGGGGACGAGCAGCCUCGGGCCACCCUGCUGGCCCCACCUAAACCCCCACGCCUCUACCGAGAGAGUUCCAGUUGCCCCAACAUCCUGGAGCCCCCACCCGCCUACACUGCUGCAUACUCGGCUACCCUGCCCUCGGCAGUCUCCCUGGCAGGCGCCCUCCACCAGUACUCAGAGGACGACCUUCUGGACACUCCCCCCUUCCAGGAGACACCUGGCCCGGACCUCAGUGACCCCUUCUUCUCCUUCAAAGUGGACCUGGGGAUUUCACUUCUCGAGGAAGUUCUACAGAUACUGAGGGAGCAAUUUCCCAGUGACCCCAGCUUCUGAAUGGGGUGAGGGUGGGAACAGGUGGGUGACCGAAAGAGCUGGAAGCCUGAGGGCCCAGUAGGUACACCGAUGGACUGAGGAGAAGGUGGGUACCUGGAUGCCUGCCCUCUGGGCGCUGAACAGUCCUCCAAGUCACCCCAGAGUUGGGGGACAGAGGCGCAGAGGCAAACUGGCAGCAUUGUGAGGGGACCUUCCUGGCAGGGGCACUGAAGGAAGCUAGCAAGGCCGGGAAAGGGAGGCCACACCCUGCAACCACAACAGCUAGGCAGAGAGCCAGCAGAGAGCCAGCAGAGGGCGAGGAUGGCAGUGGGGGAGCCACGGGGUGGGAGAACACAGACUGGGCAGAAUAGAUGCAUGCCACUGUCAACGGUCACAGGGAAAGUUGAGGCAAAAGUGGUCCAACCCAGGCCGAAGAGGAAAGGGAGGGGACAGGUUUGACCUGCACUGUCCAGUGUGGUAGUCACUAGUUACAUGUGGCCAUUUAAAUUGAAAUGAAAUACAAUUAAAAAUUCAGUUCCUCAGUUGCAGCAGCCACAUUUCGGACGUUCAAUAGCCCCAUAUGGCUAGGAGCUACCACAGUGGUCAGCGCGGAAUGAACGUCGACACUGCUGCAGGAAGUCCUAGUGGACAGCGCUGAGGUAGACCAUGGCCCAGAGCCCACUGGUCGCGUUGGUGGGGGAAGGGAGAAUGGUACGGGGGCUGCAAGGGGAGGGGAGGGGCUGGCAGAGGAGGAAGAGAGACCAAAACCCACCAUUAGCUGAACAGGAGCCAUGAGACUCAACCUGCCAGCACAGCUGCUCAGAGCAAUCCCUGGUGCCCAAGGGAAGCAACUCUGGGGAAUGUCAGCCAAAGGCAUCAGACACAGCUUACAAAGAGGUACUCUGGGGAAUUCCCAGAAUUACUAGUGAUGAAAGCCCUUGGGAAAAUGCAGCAAAAACAGUAGCAGAUUUCCUUCCUCCCUCCCCCCAAAACUAGAAGACAGGAUCAGGGCAUGGAUCAGCAGCAGGACUGGGGAGAUCUGCCUUGCCCAAACCCUCUGACGAGGGGCCUGCCAGCCCGGGCCAAGACUACUGGGUCAGGGUCACAGGCCCUGGCCGGAAGUCUUGAAACCAGAGCCAAUAAUCUCUCUGCUUUGGCUGUGUGGUUCUGACCUCCAGGCCCCUCCAAGCAAGGAGAGAGGGAAGCUCCCACAGUGUUCCUACAGCCCAUGCCUGCAGCCUCUUUUUCCUAACCCUCACGUGGAUUUCCCAAACGAAAAGGCUCCUUGGUGAAUGCUGGAGAUAAUAAAAUUCUUGUAACACAACCUGUGCAGCGUUACUCGGGGCUGU